CCUGACUCCCUCCCAAGCUUCUCUGCAUCCCUCUGAAUGGAAUCCACUUCUUACCGCUACUCCCAACUGCCCACGGAUGAGUAUCCCAAAAAGCUGGGGGACCACAAGCUGCCAGUGUGGGUGUGGAUCCUGCUGCGCCUCCUGGUGGUCGGUCUGUCUGUGGCAACAGGCGUUUUGGCUGCCAAGUUCAAUAGCCCAGCUUGCAAGGAUGGCCUCCCGGCUGAGCAGGAGUGUCGAAACAUCACCCACCUCCUGGAGCAGGAGCUGACCCAGGCCCAGGAAGUCUUACGGGGGACCGAGGCCCAAGCUGCCACUUGCAACCAGACUGUGGAGACCCUGAAGAUUUCCCUGGAAGAGGAGAAGGCUGCGGGCCACAAGCAACAGGAGCUGGUGCAGAAGCUUCAAGAGGAGAUCAAGACAUUGAAUCAGUCGCUGCGGGAGAAAUCCGCAUAUCUGGAGAAGAAAUCAGCGGAUCUGGAGAAGAAAUCCGCGGAGCUGCGGGAGAAAUCCGCGGAGCUGGAGGACAAAUCCGCGGAGCUGAAGGAGAAAUCCGCGGAUCUGGAGAAGAAAUCAGCGGAACUCCAGAAGAAAUCCGCGGAUCUGGAGAAGAAAUCCGCGGAACUGAAGCAACUAAGAAAAGAGAAUGUGGCCUUGGUCUCUGCCAAGGGUCCCCCCGACUCCGGAAUCACCCUCAGUCUCUCCCUGGCCACCAUGCUCCUGCCCCUGAUCCUCCUGGCUCUGCUGGUCUGUUGUCCCAGGAUGCGUGCCUGCCGGCACAUUCUCACCUGACUGAGAGCUGUCCGCCCUGGGACAUGGGCCUUAACCUCAGAAUGCAGUCCAGGCUCCUUUUCUGAGAGUUUCCUGUCAUCUUGGAAAGAUAACAACCUGGCCCCACAGAUGCUCUCUCCCAUUCGGCCCGCAAUCUAACCACAACUCCCCCUCCCUUUAGCUCUGGGUGGCACCUGUGCCUCAAAUGCCCAGUCUGCCCUGGGGUUCUCAUGGCACAAUAUGAACGUAUACUGAUAAGAGGGUAAUAUGCAAAUUGGUCACGACACCCUCACAGUCAUGACUGGAUAUGGUAAUUAGUUAUAACCAGUAUGCAAAUUGACCAGCACUCCAACAAAACAUGAUGGCCGCCC